AUGACUGGUGUAAAACAUCAUGAUGCACAAGUUCAAUGGAAUGAAAUAAAGUGGAAUGAAGAAUAUGCUAAAGAAAAAAUUGAGGGAUAUUUAGAAAUAUACAAUAAACUCGGAGCACCUUCAAAUGAAGAAAGACCUAAAAUUGAUCAAUCUAAUGAUACAACAAAUCAAAUCACAACAGAUAAUAAACAAUCAAAUGGUCUUGAUGAUCUCGAUGAAGAUAAGCAAGAAGAUGAUGAUGAUGAAGAAAAGAAAAGGAAAACAACGAAAAAAAGUUAUUACGUUAGAAAAUGUAAACUAAUUGAUGAAGAAUUAAUUGAAGAUUCAAAACAAUUGCCAGCUAUAAAUGAUAUUCCAUUAGAACCAUUAGAAAAACACAAAAGACAACCAGCACAAGAACGUGCUUUUAAAGAACUAAGUGCUAUUAAUGACCGUAUUGCUUCAUUAGUACAAGUUAAACAAAUGGAUUUAUCAACACCAGAAAAUAGAAAACAAUUAAUGCAAGAGAGAAAAAAGAAAGCUUGUGAAUUAAGACGUCUUCAACAAAAACAAAGAGCAUCAAUUAAAUAUCGAGUUAAACGAAGAAAAAUUAUUGAACAUUUAUUGGAAACAAAACCUGAAUUACAUCCACAAUUAAAAAAAUUUUAUCGUUACGGAGCUGUUCGACCACAAUAUUGA